ACUGAACACUGAACACUAUAAAACUCUCGUCUCUUCAGCUAUUAUUACCGCGCACUGCUCAAAGGCUUCAGUGCUCAAUUUGUUUUGGCGCCAAAAAUAUCCACACUAUGCACAAAUAUUUUCCCCGAAUUUCCGCCGACCGGCCGCCCUCUGCGGCCAACCGCAACGUCGCCGCCGCCGCCAAGCAACCGCCGCCUGGUGAUGUCAGAGGGACCGACACGCCGCCGGAGAAGGUACCGCGCCGGGUUUUACCUUCGAAUUUCGCGCCAAACGAGAAUAACUCCGGUCCCUCACUCUUCGAUAGCAUCAUGCACAAAUUCGUUAAGGUCGAUGAUAACGAAAGAGUUUCUCAGAGGAGCCACUUAUUGAAUGCAAGUUUGCCUAAAUCUUCUCCACCAGUGGGAAUACGUGCUUAUUUUGAUCGUAAAGGGGUGAACAAGGAAGAAGCAGCUUUUCAACCUCUGGUGAAACCUCAAAAUAAUGCCGUGAAUUUCAAGGAAAAGGCUAAUCAGGAAAACAUUGCGCUGGUUGAAACUGGCAAUGAUGUUGCUGGACCAGAAACCCCGGGGAUGCAGCCUCUUGCUUCUCAUGUGAAGAGAAGUCGCGAGGAUGGAUCCAAGUUUAGUUCCUUGCUGAAUUCUGGCAAACGAGUCAGAUUUCUCGAGGAUUCAAUGGCAUUGCACAUGACUAAGAAGGAAGCAGAAGUGGCAAACAAGUUUGAAUGGCUUGAUCCUUCUCGAAUCAGGGAUGCUAAUGGAAGAAGGUUGAAUGAUCCUUCGUAUGACAGGACAACACUUUACAUUCCUCCAGAAGUUUUGAGAAAAAUGUCAGCAUCACAGAAACAGUAUUGGAGUGUCAAAUGUAAAUAUAUGGAUGUUGUGCUAUUUUUUAAAGUGGGAAAAUUUUACGAGCUUUAUGAAAUGGAUGCUGACAUUGGCCAUAAGGAGCUUGAUUGGAAAAUAACAUUAAGUGGUGUGGGAAAAUGUCGGCAGGUUGGUAUAUCUGAAAGUGGGAUUGAUGAUGCUGUUCAAAAGCUGGUUGCACGUGGGUAUAAGGUUGGACGAGUGGAGCAAUUAGAGACAUCUGAAGAAGCAAAAGCUAGAGGAGCUAACUCUGUUGUUAAGAGAGAAUUAGUUCAGGUAAUCACUCCAUCAACCAAUGUGGAUGGUAAUAUUGGUCCUGAUGCUGUUCACUUACUUGCAAUAAAAGAGGAGAGCAAUGGCUUGGAUAAUGGUUCAGUUGUGUAUGGAUUUGCUUUUGUUGAUUGUGCUCGGCUUAGAUUUUGGGUUGGCUCUAUAGACGAUGAUGCAUCCUGUUCUGCUUUAGGGGCUUUAUUGAUGCAAGUGUCACCCAAGGAAGUUGUGUAUGAAAGUAGAGGGUUGUCCAAAGAAGCUCAAAAAGCACUUAGGAAGUUCUCCUUAAAUGGUUCAGCAACAAUGCAGUUCACUCCUGUGCAAUCAACCACUGACUUGCUGAACUCUGAAAUUAGGGAUUUAGUUUACUCAAAGGGAUACUUCAAAGGCUCGUCUCAUUCACUUGAUCAUGUACUGAGCAAUGUGAUUCAUCGUGAAAUCACCUUGUCUGCUCUUGGUGGACUGAUUGGUCAUCUGGAUAGAUUGAUGUUAGAUGACAUCCUACAGAAUGGGGAUUUAUAUCCAUACCAAGUUUAUAAGGGUUGCCUCAAAAUGGAUGGUCCAACAAUGAUAAAUCUAGAACUCUUUGUCAAUAAUGAGGAUGGUGACAAAUCAGGUUCAUUGUACAAUUGUCUUGACAAAUGUGUAACUUCAUCUGGAAAGCGUCUUCUUAGGAACUGGAUCUGCUGUCCAUUAAUAGAUGCUGAAAUAAUUAACAACAGGCUUGAUGUAGUGGAUGACCUAAUGGCUAACCCUGAGACUCUGUCACAUAUUGCUCAACAUCUUCGCAAGCUUCCAGACUUGGAACAUUUGCUUGGCCGAAUUAAGUCCAGCCUUCAAUUAUCAGGCCCUCACUUACUGCCAUUGUUGGGAAAGAAAAUAUUGAAGCAGAGGGUGAAAGUGUUUGGAUCACUUGUGAAGGGCCUUCGGACUGCUUUGAGUUUGUUGCUUCUUUUACAGAAAGAGCAGCCUUUAAUAUCAUCUUUGACCAGAGUUUUUAAACUUCCAAUUCUGACUGGUAGUAAUGGGCUCGAUCAAUUUCUUGCUCAGUUUGAAGCAGCUGUAGAUAGUGACUUCCCAAAUUACCAGAAUCAUGAUGUUACAGAUUCAGAUGCUGAAAUACUCACAAUACUUGCUGAAUUAUUUUUGGAGAAAGUUGCUCAGUGGUUUGAAGUUGUUCACGCCAUCAAUUGCAUUGAUGUAUUAAGAUCUUUUGCUGUUACUUCUAGCUUUUCCUCUGGAACUAUGUCUAGGCCAGUCAUAAUGGCAUCAAAAGCUACAAGUAAAGACAAUGGAGGAACUGUGCUCAAGGUGAAGGGACUAUGGCAUCCAUUUGCCCUUGGAGAUAGUGGAUGUUUGCCUGUCCCCAACGACAUAGUCCUUGGUGAGAAUGAAGAUGGGCCUCAUCCUCGCACUUUGCUUCUCACUGGACCAAACAUGGGUGGAAAGUCAACACUUCUGCGUGCCACGUGUCUAGCUGUUAUUAUGGCCCAGCUAGGCUGUUAUGUGCCAUGUGAAAGUUGCGUUCUCUCAGUUGUUGAUAUCAUCUUCACCCGACUUGGAGCAAAAGACAGAAUCAUGACAGGCGAGAGUACCUUCUUUAUUGAGUGUACAGAAACUGCAUCGGUGCUUCAGAAUGCUACUCAAGAUUCUCUUGUUAUCCUUGAUGAAUUGGGUCGGGGAACCAGCACUUUUGAUGGCUAUGCGAUUGCAUAUGCAGUAUUCCGGCAUCUGAUUGAAAAGGUUAACUGUCGCAUGCUAUUUGCCACACACUACCAUCCGCUGACGAAAGAGUUUGGGUCUCAUCCACGCGUAACACUGCAACACAUGGCUUGCGCUUUCAAGUCAAAAUCUGAUACCUAUUCCAUGCGUGAUCAGGAACUAGUUUUCCUAUACCGGCUUGCCUCCGGAGCAUGUCCAGAGAGCUAUGGGUUGCAAGUUGCCCUCAUGGCUGGAAUCCCAGAAAAAACGGUAAACGUUGCUUCUAAGGCCAGCCAACACAUGAAAAAAUCAAUUGGACAAAGUUUUAGUUCAAGCGAACAGAGAUCAGAGUUCUCAACCCUUCACGAAGAAUGGUUAAAGACCUUGGUGUCCAUCUCACGAAUAGAGGAUUGUAGCUCUAUUGAUGAAGACGUUUUAGACACGUUAUUCUGUGUGUGGUGCGAACUUAAAACCUCAUUUAUAUCAGGAAAGUAGAGAAGAUGUGGGGCGCGAUAGGUAUGGCAAGUAGUCUGAUUUCAAUAGUAUACAACUGCAUGUAAAAUUAUUCUUAAGUAGAUUUUUGUUUUCAUUUUGGGAAAUAGAAGGCUUCCUUGUUCGGGAGAAAUUUGGACGAGAAAAUAAUGCCAUGGAAAGGUUUGGAGCAUGCAUCUAUUAUUUUGAAUAAUGAUCAUUUUACAUUCUUGCGA